AUGAUCCCUUCUCUCUGGGGUCUGGUGGCCCCAGCCAAGCCCUACGAGGUCUGGGAACCUAGGGGGUCUUCCCAGAUGGCGGGGAAGGUGCUGGCUGGAGGGCAAUUCUUCCUCCUCUGCUAUGCAAACCAAACUCUUCCUGUUGAGACCUCCCGGAGACCCCAGCCUGCCAGUCCCCCCAUCUCAGACGACCCAAAGGAGGCUGCUCACAGACUGGCUCUCAGCAUGCCCCAGUUUACCUGUCCCAGGCUUGGGCAGCUGCUUCCUUCCCAGGUCCCUUGCCUCGGGGAUGAGUGGGGUGGGGGCAGCACCGUCCUCCCUGGCCAGCCCUCCCAGGUUCCUAGUGUCUCUGUACCAAACCUGGAGGAAAGGAUUUCCUUGUUCCCGCGUGUUCAGCCAAUUGUCUUUAUGUUUAAGGAGAAACUAACAAUGAAAAGGGACUCAUUGACAAAGGAAAAGUUGGAAUGCAGCCUCUGGUGCUGUUUGAGCGAUCCUUCUCCCCCUGGCCUGGCUGCCUGCUGCUGUGUUCUGGAAAGGCGCAUUGUACCGUGGAUGCGGCAGGAAUCCUAUUCAUCUUCUUCACCGAUAUGGUUUGUGGACUCUGAUGAGCCAAAUCUGAUGUCAGUUCUAGAACGUCUAGAAGAUACUAAGAACAACAAUUUGAAUAGGACAACGGAAGAAGUGACUUCAAAAGAAAAGGAAGAAGAGAUGGCUGAAGAUAUAGACGACUUAGAUCACUAUGAGAUGAAAGAAGAGCCUAUUAAUGGGAAAAAGUUGAAGGAUGAAGGAACUGAAAAAGAAAAUUGGGCAAUAUUAGAGAAAAUUAGGAAGACUGAAAGGCAAGACCAUUUAAAUGCUGCAGUGUCUGGGUCAGUGCAAGCUUCAGAUAGAUUUAUGAAAGAACUCGGAAACAUAUAUAGAUCACAGAGUUAUAAGACAGAUUUUUUCAUUUUUGAGUUAGUAAAAAUAAAAAAUCUCUUUGUAUUUGAAUUAUAUUUUUGUUUUGUAAUUCUUAGGGUUGACCCUGACAGUGCUUUGCACAGUGAUCUUCAGAUUGUAAAAGAAAAAGAAGGGAUAGGAGACAUUUUGCUCAACUUAUCUUUUAAGAACUCUAGAAAAAAGCUUAGUUUGGUGUCGGAUGAGAAGCACACGGGUUAUGGAGAAAAUCAUGAAAGAGUCAAACCUUGA